UUCAAAGUUCAAACCCUUCUUCCCCUUCCUCUUCCUCUUCCUCUUCCUCUCUUUUCAUUUCCUGUGACAGUUUCAAUUAUUGCAAAGCUUGAAGAAAAGAAAAAAAUAGCAGCAGCAGCACUAUUUCAAAGUUUUUCUCCUGCAUUAAUCGUGUACGAGGAAUUUUUUUUUUUAUCGUAGGUUUAAACGAGUUUCUGAGAAGAUCUGGUUGAUCUGAAUCAGUGAACAACCUGGAUGUUAUAAUCAACGACUUCUGGAAGAACUACAUGUUCAGUUUGGCUCGAUUUGGAAGGAGAUUUGGUUUGGUAACCGUGUGACACGACAACGUUUCUGGUUUUCUGAUAACCUUAUACUGGGUUGUAGAAGUGGGAUCUAGUGUAGAAUACAGCCUUAAAUUAUUGAUUCUGUUUGUGUUAACAAUGGAGACGCUUGUUGUUGUCGUGCAGCAUAGGAACCAAUGCUACAGCAGGUCUAAGUCACAAGGCCAUGCUCGAUUUGGAUCUUCUUCUCCUUCCAGAGACUUUAGGGGUAUUAAUUGCAGGACAUUCCAAACGGGAUCUGGUAUUCUACCAAGUCCAUUGAAAUCUUUUGAUUCACCUGUGACUGUAACUAAACGACCAUCUUCAUCAUCUUCCUCAAAAACACCAUUAACUCCUCGGAACUCAAACUCAGAUAACAAAACCCGUAGCAAAACUACUCCCAAUAGCUCCCCAGUUCCUAUCAAUUACAAAGCUUGUAAAAAGGAGAGAACUUUCAGUGAUCGUGUUUCUCAUGGGACCCUUUUGUUCUCAGAACUUUGGGCUGGACCUACCUACUCAAAUUCACCACCACCUAGUUCCUUGCCUAUCCCAAAAUUCUCUGUUCGACCAAAGAGGACUGUGUCUCUUGAUUUGCCUGGUUCCUGCCCUGAGAUUGAAAUGCAUCCACUUGCUAAGUCUGCACCCUCGUCCCCUCGCAGGGAGCAUUCAACUUCUCCCAGAGACCUCUUAGUUAAUGCUGAUUCUGCGACUAAGACUUUGCGUCGCAUCCUCAAUCUUAACUUGGAUGAUGAAUGAGACUCAAGGAGCAACCUGUUCCUGUAAAUAAACCCUUUUUUUCCCUUAUUUAAGUUGGGUUAGUGUAAGAUAUAGUUGUAUAUAGAGUGACCAAAUAAAUUAUGUAGUUUGAGUUUGUGUGGCUUUGAGUAGUGUUGGUGCCCUUGGCAAUGAUGAUUGAUGGCUGUGGUGGGUCAACAAUCUCCAGAGUUUGAAAAUUGGGUGAAGCUUAUAGGUGGAGACGGUAAAUGGUAAAUGGGUGUAUAUGUAAGGCUCUUUUGGGAGCAAGGUUUGCAACCUGACUCAUGUGACAUGGAUGGAAGCUGGCUGGAAAAUGGCUGGGAAGCGGAAUGAUGGUAAUGGGUGGGAGUAGCAUGGAUAGACCUGGUUGAGUGUGUUUUAUUUCAUUGGGCCUGAAGAAAGUUAUUAGUUAUGUUCAAGCUGAAUCCUGAAUUUAUGAUGUGUGGUUCACAGCAUUAUCUCCUCAUAGAAUGGUUAGCUUCUUUUGAUCUGAUAAAGGAUUUAGGCCUCUUGCUUUCGUACAUACUAUAGAUUGUAGAAUCUUGCUCUUACAAAAACUCUUUAGAGCUUAACCCUUUUGUCCUUUUUUCUCCUUUGAAUUUUCGUUUCUUAUCAUCAUCUUUUAUCAUUCUACUCCUGUCUUCUAGAUGAUCUACUGUUUACUAGUUGGUAACUACUACCUUACCCAGUAACUCUCCUUCUCUUAGCUGUCUUUUGUUUCUCUGUUAAUUGCUCAUUUCUUAGCUGCCCUCUGCCUGGGCGUAGUUUUUCCCUUUGCUAUCUUUUCUGUUUUUUUUGCAAAGAAAAGUUGGAAGGGGUUCGGUUAUUAUCUUUCUCAGCUUUCUGCUUUAGUUUUUAGGGUUAAUUCCUGUUAGCUACCUGUUAGUAAGCCCAAUAUACUUUCUCUUCUGUUAGUAUGCCCAAGAUACUUUCUUUUAUUAGUCUUCGCUAGCUUAUCCUCCAUGGAGAGUGUUGACCAUGCAAUGCCAAAAUUAAGGGAGGCGAAACUGUACCGACUACCGAGGCUGUUUCGUUCAAAAGAUGUGGUCAUUGCCUUCUCGGUCGCUAGUUAGAUUGCUAUAUUGUUUUUCUUCAUGAAGUCCCUUGUGGUUCGUAAAUUUUUCUUUGUUUCUUUCUUUGUAUUUAUGUAACUUGUGGAACUCGUGUGAUCUGCUAAAAUAAAAUUGUAGUGACUAUUAUCUUUUCAUAUCAUGUUAUA